AUGAAUGAAAAACCUGCAGAAGGUACAGUUUGCCUGGUUUGUGGAGAUAUUGCUACCGGUAAACAUUAUGGAAUUUUUAGUUGUAAUGGAUGUAAAACAUUUUUCCGUCGUGCCGUUGUUAAUAAUAAAAAAUAUGAAUGUAUAGGAAAUGGAUUAUGUGAAAUUUCUAAAGGUGGAAGAUGUGCAUGUAGAUGUUGUCGAUUUUUAAAAUGUCUUAAAGUGGGUAUGGAUAAAGAAUCUAUUCAAAAACAUCGUGAUAGAAUUGGGUAUACAAAACGAACUAGAAAAGCAACAUCAAAAUCUUUUUUAAAUAAUGGAACAAAUAUUUAUGAUAAAAAAAUUGGUGGUUAUGAUAGUGAUAAUAAUAAUGAAAUUCAUAGUGAUAGUGAAGGUAGAUCAAGAAGUAUAACUGUAAAUAAAUCACAAUCAUAUUCACCAAAAUUGUCAUAUUCUAUUACAGAAAAUAUGAAAAUUUUUGAUCCUAUUCUUGAAAAAUUAAAACAACUUGAAGAAAAUUUUUCAUUACUUUUAAGUCGUGGAUCAAUUGAACCAUAUGCAUCAUUAAAUGAUGCUCUUAAUUCUCAAUCUAUAUUUAAUGGUCCAAUAAUGGUGACGUAUGAUGAUCCAAUAGUCCAACCACCAAAAGGAAGUGAUCAACAUAAAAUGCCAUUUUGGAGGUCAAGAAUUAUAGCUUUAUAUAUAGACUGGGCUAAAACAUUUCCUAUAUUUAAUAAACUUCCUUACUCUGAUAAAUCAGCUAUAAUUACAAAUCAUGCAAGUAGUUAUAUGAUAAUGUGUGAAGCAUUUAGAACACCUGAACACAUUUCUGAUAAAAUUGUUCAUCCAGAUGGGCAUUGUUUUACUCAAAAUCAACCAGAAAUAUUUAAACAUCUUCCAAAUUUUAAUACAUUAACUCCAAUAAUGACUGUAUGUAUAGAUUUUAUAAUGAAACCAUUUAGACAACUUUCCAUUUCUACAACAGAAUUUGCUCUACUCCAAGCUAUAAUGCUUUUUGAUCCUGAUACAGAUGGUUUAGAUUCAGCAUCUCAAAGAAAUAUAGGUGCUGAACAAAAGAAAUACCUUAAUGCUUUAUUUUAUUAUAUUACAACAACAUUAAAAGAUGAAGAUGAGGUAUCACAAAGAUAUGCAGAAAUUCUUCUUCGAAUACCAACAAUAAGAAAAGUAGCUGCUAAAAAAAAUGAAACAUUACAAAUAAUUGAUAUGUUUAAUUUUUAUACAUUAAAUAGUUUAGUUAAAGAAACAGCUCUUGGUAUGAAACCAGAAAAUCAAACUGUGACGCACUUUACUUUCACAAAUUCUAAUUCAUUAAAUGGUGGAGUUGAUUUAGGAAUCGGAGAAUAUUCGAAUCAAUAUGGGUGUACAGAGUAA